AUGAAGCUUGCAAUAUAUGAAGUAGGGUUUCUUCCACCCUUUGUUAAACGAUAAUUUUAAGAACUACCACCUUUUUCAUAAAUGCAAUUCCUAGGAAAAAACCUAAUAUCCACAUUUUUCAUAGCAUUGUUAGAUUAUUUUAUGGCAUAAAACAAAUCUCAGUCGAUGGAAACAUUGGCUAAACCCAGGAGAAACUAUAAAAAAGAAGACAAUCAAAAAAUAGCUUAAUAAAUUUAUAAUCUAAGAAUUGGAAAUAUAAGUGUAAAAGAAUUUUUCAUUUUUCUCAAAAAUAUUGACAUCUAUAAUAAUAAGGGAUAAUAACUUUUAGAAGAGUUUUGUGAACUCUAAGAAUUAAGAUUCUCUGCUUCUAAUUAAAAAAUAACGAUUGAGAGCAUCGCAAAGUUAUUUUCAAUUUAAGUAAAUCUACUUGGACAAUAUCCCAUGGGCUAGACUAGCAAGUAAAGAAUAUUUCUAUUUUCUUAAACAGAUGGCUAUUAUUUAAUUAAAUAAACAAGCCCUUUGAUUUAAUAUAUAUCACAAGCAGGUUAACAAUGUAACAUGUGUUAUAAAAAAGUUGACAAUUAUUUUAUUAAUUCUAAUUGUCUCCAUAUAAAUUGCCGAAAGUGUCUUUUUGAAAAAAUAAAAAAGGUAAACGCCAAUUCGAAUAAUUAAGUUGUUUAAUGCAAUAAUAGUUGCAAGGAAAAAAUACUCAUUAAGGAUGCUGAAUCAUAUUUAAAUGUAGAAUUAAAGCUUGAAGCACUAAGAUAACAAUAGGAUUAAUAGCUUAACUUAUAGAGAUCUUAAUAAUUUACCAAUGAUAAUUCAAAGGGUUAUGGACAUUCUACCGAAGUAUUGGAUAAGAGUUAAAAACCCAUUUAAUAGAAUAAACCAAUAGAAUAAUUAGAAUAGUAAUGCGAUUUUUGCUUUCAACCCUCAACAAAAUAACUCUAUGUUAAUAAGUAAUGCUCCCAUAGAUUUUGCAUAGAUUGCUUUAAAUAACGAAUCACUAGUAAAGGAUAAAAGUGUGUGGUUGAAAGUUGUGAGAUAAUAAUAGACGAUUUUCUAUUUUAAUAGAGAUUGUAACUAGGAGACGAUAUAUCUAGAAUAUAGAAGGUGGUUCAAACUUAGAAGUCAUAAUUAGCAAAAUGCACUAAAUGCAAUAAUGAAACUCAAAUAUCUAGAUUAUAUAAAGACAAAAGGUGUAAACAUUUAACUUGUUUUUCGUGCAUACAUUUACAUGUUGAAAUGCAGAUACAGAAACGGCCAAAUACUUAGAAUUUCACAUGUCCAUCUUGUAACAAUAUUUAUGGGGAUGAUUUUGAUGAAUUUUAUGAACAAUAGUAAUUAAGUUAGUUAGAGGAGAGGAUGAAAUAUGAAGAACAAUUUUAGAAAGAAGAGGAGGAAAGAGAACUGAAAGAACUUUAAGCUCUUAAAUAACAACAAGAAAAAUAAAUCAUCCCUGAGAAGGUAACCCAAUAUCCUUCAAGAUUUAUUAAUUACAAAUAGUAAUAAUAAGUAGAUCAAAAUGAAAAAUCGGUAAAUUCUUUAAGUGGAAAUGAUCAAGUCUCCCAGUCUACUCAGGAAUACAAAAUUUAAAAAGAUUUUAAAUAAUUUGAAUAGGGUGAAUGCACAAUGUGUUUUACUAGUUUUUCAGAAUACAACUUAAGAUAGGAGAUUGAUUGUACAAAACAUAAAAUUGGGGUUUGUUGUUCCAUUAAAUUUCUACAAUGUCCGCAGUGUGAAUAAAAAAAUAGAAAUUCUACAAUUACCAGAAUAAAACGUAAUUAUUUAAAUCAUAUUUAGCAAAAUUAUUCUUAUAAACAUGCGUCUAAAAAUUGGAAUUGAUGGAUUAGUCUGGUAUUUAUAACUCUUCAACGAUCUAAUUUAGUAAUGUGUAUGCAGAUGAUUAGACUAGAUUGAAUUCUCGAGCCAAUCUUGGUUAAAGUCAAAUAAAAUCCUAAUAACGAAAUAGCACUACGGAUGCUUAGAUCUUCAGAAGUUAGGCUCCUUAAAGUAAGGUGGUUGGUGUUUAUGGGGCUGGAUACAAAUAUUGAGUGGCCAAAUUAAU